CCUCACGAUCCGCUUGCCUCCAAGGUCCUCGUCCACGGUAACUCGACGAAGUUUCGAAAUCUCAGCAUUUUCCCCUUCCAAUAUGAAAGCCUCCUUUGUCAUUCUUCUUCCUCUGCGAUUUUCAGUACCUCCUGAAACCAUUACCGUUUCAAUAUCGGAGGGUCAGUGAGGGUCACCAUUACGUCGAGCGACGAAAAUUCUACACCAUAAAAGAAGGCUCGUUCUGUCUGAGUCGUGUCCACCCAUACAUCCCACACUGCAUACACCCCAAGGUCCUCAUCUCGAGAUCCGAUCCCUAUCAAGCCACUAAGAGCACGCCGGGAGUGGGGUUUAAGGACCUUGAGGAUACUCCAUCGUAUCUGUCGACAUUUUGCCGCACAAUAGAAUUUGGCAUUAGAGCGCGGGGCACGAAAACCCAUAAAUUGGUUCGAGAUACCGAGAAUACCAAGCAUCGGUAUCCUGCACCUUCCCUUGCGCGAAGGCUCGUCUGUUUCGGCUCCCCCACCACGUGGUUUUUGAGAUCUACGAAUUCCUCGUGACCUUGCAUUCUAUUGGGCUAUCAUCCAGUAUUCUAUUGACCGACCUCAUACCCUUGGCCGGUGCCAUCGUGCAUAGGCUUGUGGAAAGCCACCUGAAAAUCACUUUAAUUCAUUCCAGCCGUUCAUACAAGUGAGACAACAUGGAUAUUCUUCACACCCUUCUCGCCCGGCAUGAGGAUGAAGGGCCCGCCCCCGCCUGCGACACAGGCAACGAAUACGACGGUCGCAUGGGCCUACGUAUCUCCUCGAUCUUUGUCAUCAUGGUCGGCUCGAUGUUCGGUGCUGUCUUCCCCGUGAUUGCAGGACAGUUCCGACGUUCGAAGUAUUUAGACUGGGCUUUCUUUGUUGCCAAAUACUUUGGGUCCGGUGUUAUCAUAGCUACGGCUUUCAUUCAUCUGCUAGCUCCCGCAGAAGAAGCUUUAACAAACGAAUGUCUGACCGGCCCAAUCAAGGAAUAUUCCUGGGUCGAGGGCAUCAUUCUCAUGACUAUCGUGGUGUUGUUCUUUGUCGAGAUGAUGGUUAUGCGGUAUGCUCGGUUUGGUCAAGGUCAUGCCCAUGAUUUGGCCCAUGAGCAUCAUCAUCAUAAAGAGGAGCAUACAGACAGUAGCUCCGAGGCCUUGGAUAACAAGCACAUCCCAGGACGGGAUCACCUUGGCCAUUCCCGCGAACACCAGGACCCUGAGUUGGCGAUGCAUGAUACGUCCCUUGAGGAGUAUACGGCUCAACUGACCGGUGUCUUCAUUUUGGAAUUCGGCAUUAUCUUUCACUCCAUCUUUAUCGGUCUGACCCUAGCUGUAUCCGGAGAUGAAUUUACCACGCUUUACAUCGUCCUUGUUUUCCACCAGACAUUUGAAGGUCUCGGUCUGGGGUCCCGCCUGGCUACAAUCGAUUGGCCCCGUUCGAAACGGCUCACCCCAUAUAUUUUGGCCAUCGCCUUCGGCCUGUCGACGCCAAUUGCGAUCGCCAUCGGAUUGGGUGUUCGCAAAUCGUACCCUCCCGAAGGCCGCACGACUCUCAUCGUUAACGGAGUCUUCGAUUCAAUUUCCGCCGGUAUCCUCAUCUACACGGCGCUUGUGGAACUUAUGGCGCAUGAGUUCAUGUUCAGUAGCUCGAUGCGGAAGGCGCCUAUCCAGCACGUCCUGGCCGCGUUCUUCCUUCUUUGCUUAGGUGCUUUGCUGAUGGCCCUUCUUGGGAAAUGGGCUUGAUUUAUGAAUAUUUCUUUCACGAUUGCUAUUUAUUGACUGCUGAUUGCUGAUUGCUGUGUUCUAUAUACCCCAUCAUCUGAUUCUUGUAUCUUGAUUCUUGUAUCCAUUGCUCUAUCGCUUCUAUGGUGUGUCUCAGAUGAAAUACAACUUGGUUCAUAUCAUCAUAUUCCCAUAGCAUCUACUAUACUUUGUAAUCAAUAUGGGUGCCUUCAG